UUCAGUUUUGUUGUUUACGUGUGCUAAAAAAUAGUAAAUAUACACAAAAUUUCUAUUCAAAUCUUCUUUUUGAUAUAAAACCAACAUCUUUAUCUCACCACAGUUUGUAUCAGUGGUACACCAAACGUUGUAUGUGUUCCGAUGACUUCAAACCAUGAAUGGAAAAAAAUAAGUAGGACCAUAUAACUUCUAUCACAGAAGUGAUAAAAUUAGUUAUCAAUGCGCUCAUCGGUGAGCUAUAUACUAUCACACGCACCCGGAGAGUCGGUGAUGUCGCACCCUGACUAUUCGCAGCACGCACAACACCAUGCCUGCCUGCUAGUGCUCGUCAAAGGAAUAGGAGGCGUACUCAAGAACUUCAACAAGCUAUGGGAGCGUAUACAGAGGGUUGACAAUAUUAAAGUUACUGAUUCUGCUGGUCAGGUGAGGGAAAUUUGGGUCCGCUAUGUCAGAGAUUACCCUGUAGAGAACAAUGACUGGGGUGAUUUCCAGACACACAGGAGGCUACUCGGUCUUAUAACCUUAAGUAAAUUUGCCAACCAGAAUGAGCUAAAUGAAGUGUGUAGGGUUCAUGAGUCACUUAAAGUGAAGUACUCCAAUACUCUUUACGACUCGAGAGCUUUCAUGUUUGGUCCUGGCAGUAACUUGAAGAGGCCACAGCAGGAACCAGAGACCUAUGGUAGUUUUGAUGAAGAUAAGAAAGACAGCUUGAGUGAUAAAGCUUCCUUGCCAAGUGAGCAUGGCGACAGCAUUUCCUCGUCAGAGGGCUACCCAAGGUCCUGCUCAUCCAACACAUCUUAUUCAGCACCUGAGGAAAACUUCACAACACCAUCAAACUUCAAAACCCAUGCUAUGUUCUAUGGGGAGAAUGACCCUGUGCCAGAUUUGGAACAGAAUGUUGCAGAGCUGAUCAAUUCUCUAUUCUGGGUUGUGGAAUCGAAACGCCUCGAAAGGUCUAGGGAGAAACUUGAGAAGGUUUCGUUACUUUUGGCGCCAUUUGAAAAGAGGGACUUUGUUGGUUUAGACAUGGAAUCUCGUAACAACAAGAAGCGAUGCAUGGGCCGAGUGACCAAGAACCUCGCUGAUCUUACACUACAAGCAGGCCUUGUGGCUGAGGCAUUAACUUUAUAUCACUCUUCUGCUGAAAUACUCAAAUCUGUCAAUGAUUGGCUGUGGCUGGCUGCUGCUAAAGAGGGUCAUUGUGCAACAUCAGCCAUCCUUCAAUAUCCAAAUUUGAGAAACACAACACCGUUGCAACGUAACGCGAGUCUACAGGAGAGCUCGCCGAACAAAAUUAAACCAUUAUCACUAUACCAAACGAGUGAUGCAUUCAGAAAGUUCAAACUAAAUUCUUCGCCACUGCGCUCUUCUAAAACUUCAAGCCCAACAAAUCCCAGCGAACUGACUCCAUCCUCGUCAGAAAGCAUUGAAACAUCAUCUAGACAAUCUGAAACCGAUAACGCGGACACAGAGUCCAUAACAUCCUCCAGUGAGAAUGACUACCAAAGCCAGAAGUCCUAUAUGAGUCCAGACCUGCCGUCUAUCCCCAGGCAACCACCAUCCACAAUAAACAACCAAUAUUUGCUCAACGGGGAGGAAAUUGCAGAGAAAUAUCGUAAAGCGAUUAUUCAUUAUAGCAAGUACCAAAAUGCGGGUAUCAUAGAAACGGAGGCUUGCUUUAAAGCGGCUAGGAUUGCUGUGGAGCAGAAUAAUAUAUUGCACGCAUCGAGUUUUCUGCAAAAUGUCAUCUUUAUAAACCUUACGUUGAAUGAGCAGGAGAAGAUUCAGAGAUUUGAUACCUUGGCUGAUCUCUACAAAGAAAUCGGCUUCCUCCGCAAAGCCGCGUUCUACCAGCGCCUGGCAGCCACUCGUCAGGUGUCCUUGAACAACCCCAACCCCGACUGGCAGCGCUGCUACUACCUCAUGCUGCACAGCUUCCCCGGACACAAGCUCAGCCUGGAACCCAAUUAUGUGGUCCAACAUCAAGUCGGUUGGCCAGCCCUCCAGAUCCAGUUACUCCACGAGCUGGUGGUGGCGGCGCGGCGCAUGGGGCACCCGGCGCUCGCCACUCGUCACAUGACCUUCCUGCUGCAGACCAUGUGGCCCCACCUCACCGCGCAGGAGCACCGCGACCUGGCUAUACAGCUGCAGGCUUUAUCAGCCCAAUGCGAAGGCGGCCCCGUCCCACUAGUCCUCGAGACCGGGGAGGUAAUACCGCCGGCCAACCUCACACACGUGCCGUCCUGCUCGCACUUCACGCCGCGCCCGCCGCCCGCGCCUCGCGCGCCGCACCUCGUGCGAGCGAGACAACAACAUGGCCCGUUCAUAUUCACGCCCAUACACUUCGGUAGCCUUGAGCGAAAGAAGAAGGAUGAGGGGAAGAUGGAAUACCUUUGGGUCGAGGACGACAUUUGCGAGGUUCAAAUGAAGCUAACGAAUCCGCUGCCUUUCGAACUGAAAGUGUCCAACAUGCGACUUCUAACCUCUGGCAUUGUCUUCGAGUCCAUACCCGAGACUAUAAUACUGCCUCCCGACUCUCCCACUACCGUCAAUCUUCACGGCACGCCGAAAGAAGUAGGAGAACUGCAGAUUCUGGGCUAUUCUACCCACACAUUGGGAGUAAAGUCCAACUGUAGGCUCAAAACUAUGCCCACGCCCAACAAGUUCCCAGCGUCGUACACUAUCGAGGUUUUGCCCAGUUUGCCCACUAUAACUAUCGAGACGACGCUAUCGAUAUCCGGGCAUGUUAAUCUAUCGAAUGUGGAGUCGACGGGCAGCGUUACUAAUGUGUCGUUAUACAAUGGAGAAAGUACUGAGUGUGUGAUGAAAAUAACUAAUACCAGUAAUGUGCCUAUUGAAUAUUUGGAUUUAAAUAUACAGUCUAACGUCGACAACCAAAUCCAAAGCAAGAUAUUCACGUGGUCCAACGAGGACAUACAAGCGCAGCUACCCAUCAAGCCCAAUCAGGAAGCGACAAUAGUCAUGGGACUAUACGGGGAGGCAGAUUUCCUCGACUUGGGGGGAGUUGGGGAGAAUGUUUUCCCCAACAGCCUGACAUCUACAUACCCUUCCCGAGUGGGCUCCCCAGUCCCCAAUGCCCAGAAUUCCUUGCCCACGCAGAGUUCCAACCAGCAAAAUUCAUUGAGCAGUGGCUUGUUGGCUAACAGGACGUCGGGUAGUUUCAGGUCAACAAAUUCUCAAGCCACAAGCUGGUCGGCACCGAUAUCCGCGAUGCCGCCGUCGAGGGGACGACUCGUCGAAGCGCAGAUAAUAAUAAGAUACUCUGGUGGAGCCGGCAAGGACACACACUGUCGGCAGUCGACGCUGCAGGUGAACGUGGAGCUGCUGCCCAGCGUCGCCAUCACGCACUGGGACGUGCUGCCCGCCGAGAUACCGAGCCAGUUCUACCUAGUGCUAGACAUAACGAACCUGACGACAGAAGAAAUGGACUUCCACUACACACCAACUAAGCACAUCCUCAUAGAAAGCAAGGAAUCCUGCCGGAUCCCCGUCCCGCUUGAUCGCUGUCCACUCAACACUACCGUUAAGGUGGAAGAAGGUGACAUUAAAGACGUAAGCUUAACGGACAGCAAGUCCAGCAGCAGCAGCGCGGAGCUGGCGUGCGCGGCGCACCUGGACGCGCGGGUACGGCUCACGUGGCGCCUCCCCCACAGCGACGUGAGCGGGCGCGCCAACGUGCGAGGCAUCACGCUGUCGCACGCCAUGUUGGAUAUUGUCCGCAUGUCGCCGCUUAACUGGGAGGUGAGCGUGAACAAUGAGUGCAUCAAACCCCAGUCGGAGUACCAAUGCGCGGCGGGCGAGUGUCUGUCGCUGGGAGUGGGCGUGGCCAACCACCUGCCCCGCCCCCUCGCCCGCCUGUGCCUCUCCGUGCGCUUCUACCAGGACCACAGCAACGGCGUACUGGACUAUAGACUGGAUAAUAGAGUCGCUACAGCUGGGAAUAAUAAGGUUGUCGUGGAAAAACUAGAAGAGUCAGCUAAAAUUCAUCAUGAGUGCACAGUCGUGUUCCUAACACCGGGAGAGUAUAAAAUAGAUAUUCAAUGCUCCACUACGGAACCAAUUAUUGAAGACCCCCAAGUAUUCAAGGAUACCAAUCAAACUAGUAUACAGUCUUGUGCAGCGGAGGUCAGCCAUGUCUGGAGAUUUAUACCGCCAGUGGCAAUAAGCGUCACUGAUUGAAGUAUUCGCAUUCAAUAAUCGCUUAGCAUAACAACAUUAGAAACGGAAAAGAAUGGACAUACUGAUUACUGAC